UCAAGUAAUAAAAAUUAACAGUUAAAGCGCCAAAUACAAAAUUCUCAGUUUUUACUCUAAUAAUGGAUAUUUAUUUUGUAGACAAUGCUAGACAACAUGAAAUCGAAACAUUUUAUGAAGCUUGUCAACGACACAGGGACUACUAUAGAGGUUAUCCAAAAGCGUAUCAUCCCUUGUUGUACUUUAAAGACCCGGAAUACAUGUGGCAAUGUCCGCCAGAGAUGUCACCAACAUAUUUAUCGUUCCCGAUGUAUCAUGUGAAGUAUAAGCAACCAGUUGUGCUACCAGGCAACACUGGAAGAACCAGUGGAUUCCCCGCGCUGCCGAACCGCACACUUGCUGGACGCUUUAACAAAGCGGCCUGUAAAGCCUUUGUUAGAUAACCAGUAUACAUUUUCUAGCGAUAUUUUGUAUAAUGUCUAUUUCGUCAUGAAAUUACCCAUUUAAUACAAAUA